UUUCUGAAAUUUCAAUCUCUGUCCUCUAUGUUUAUUCACGUUUUUUUUGAAAAAUAAACUAAUCCAUUUACUUUCGGCCGGCGACAAACUAGUAUUCUGCAGCCCAUUUGUACCGUGCGUGGGCUUACUUCCCCAGCAGCACACACCGAGCAGAUGAGCUGAGCCCACACAGCCUCGUGAGACACAGCCACCGCCAGCACCGACGCCGGAGAGCGGCCGGAAGAUGGCCUUGCCGGCGAUCCCCGACGAGCUCCUGGUAGACAUCUUCCUCCGCCUCCCCACCCCAGGUGACCUCAUCCGCGCCUCCGCCGCCUGCGCCUCCUUCCGUCGCCUCGUCGCCGACCGCUCCUUCCUCCGGCGCUUCCGCAAGAUCCAUCCCCCGCCCCUCCUCGGCUUCCUCUACCCAGGGCAGCACCGCUUCCACCCCGCCGUCCGGCCUCACCCCUCCGCGCCGGCGGCCAGCGCCGUCGCGCUCGCGGCCGACUUCUCCUUCGCCUUCCUCCCCGCCCCCGCCCGGAACUGGUCCGUGCGGGAAGUCCGCGACGGCCGCGUCCUCCUCGACAGAUCCCGCCUUCGUGACGCCGGUGAUGGGCUGGAAGCCCUCUUCAAGGAGAUGGUGGUGUGCGACCCCUUGCACCGGCGGUGUCUCCUGCUUCCCCCAAUCCCCGAUGACCUAGCCGCUUCGGUCGUUGACCAACUCCUGAUAGAAGGGCAUUGCUUCGCCGAGACCUUCCUCGUCCCUCCCAGCAACGGCGACGAGGAGGCAGCAGCUGCCACGGAGGAGGAGGGGACAUCAUUCAGGGUGAUCUGGAUGGUGCUGUUUGAAGCUAAACUCGUGGCCGCUGUCUUCUCUUCCGGCACAGGGAAAUGGCGAGCCUUUUCAAGCGAGUUGUUGCCGGGCUUCGUGUUAUCGACAUGGAUGGUUCUCUUCGUGUCGCGCCAUUACGCCCAUGGCUGCUUCUACUGGGUUUCAGGUUCAACUGAAAAAUUGCUGGUGCUUGACAUUCAGAGGAUGGAAUUCUCCAUGGCCGACCACCCACCCGGUGCCAGACAUUCGGGCGAUGAUGUGGCCAUCGUGGAGGCAGGCCAAGGCAUGAUCCGGAUGUUUGUGCCUAAGAGCGUCUCCAACAGCCGCGCUAAACUAGCGCCGCGCCGCAAAUUAGGCCGUCUUAGCGCGCGCGCGCUAUAACGGGUUGGGCGCGCGGUUGAAAACACUUACCCGCGCGGCGUAUUUCGGGCGCCAGCUACAGCGCGCGGCACACUCGAGCGCUCGCGCCGCACUCUCUCCUCUCCUCGUCCUACGCCCCGCGCGCGCCGGCGCCGGCGCCCUGCCACCCACCCAUGGACGCGCACACCGAAAAGAAGAAGAGGAAAGAAGAUGAUGAGCUCAAAAAUGCUAUGGAAGCUAUUGUGAAGGCAAGGUCGAAGCCAAUGAGGUGAGGAAAAUGGCAAAGAACCAAGAUGUCGUGGCUGAGGAGAGGAGGUUGGUGGCCGAGGAGAGAAGGGUGGCGGCCGAGGAGAGAAAGGUGGCUUUGGAGAAGAGGAAAGUGAGCAACGAGGAGCGAGCUAAGUUGUUGGAAUGGGAGAAGCACUUAUUCUUCUUGGACACAUCUAACCUCAAUGCGGCGCAAAAAGAGUAUGUCAAUCUUGCCCAACAAGAAGUCUUAAUCCAAAAAAGAGCCUUGGUUCGUGCAAUGGGUGGCGGUGGCCUCGGCGUCGUGGGUGGCGGUGGCCUCGGCGCCAUGGGUGGCGGUGGCCUCGGCGCCAUGGGAGGCAUGGGUGGCUUUGGAGCCACGGGAGGUAUGGGUGCACCUCCGGCCGCCAUGG